GAGAGAGAGGGAGUGAGAGGGAGGGGAGGGUUACGGACUGACAGAAACAGGGGAAGAGAGAGAGAGAGGGAGGGGAAGGAAAAAAGUGAGAAAGGCAGAGAGAAGAAAAGACACAAAACUUGUGACUUGACAAAAGAGGGCAGGUACCAGAGGCAGGACUAUGAAGGCCGGCGCGGGACUCGUCUCUGCAUUGGCUCUGCUCCUCCUGAUGGGGGCAGUGUUCACCCAGAGACUUCGGCCAAAGAAGCCCACCAGGCGCCCAGUCACCACCAGGAAGCCUUCUGUCCCCCAGCCUGCUGCACCAGCACAGCCAGAGCCCCAGGAGCCAACUGACUUCCCCCCACCCAUCCUGGGCCCACCCUCCAUGUAUGCUGACUGCCCACGAGAGUGUUUAUGCUCGCCGAGCUAUCCGAAUUCUCUCAACUGUGAGAACCGGAACAUCCGUGUGAUCCCUGUCAUCCCAUUUAGAACCCACUACUUGUACCUGCAGAACAACUACAUCUCAGAGGUGACGCCAGAGGCGUUCGUCAAUGCCACUGAGGUUCGCUGGAUCAACUUGGCUAAUAACCGCAUUCAUCGAAUAAACAAACAGGUGUUUGAGAAGAUCCCAGCACUGCUGUACCUCUAUGCACAGCAUAACCAGCUCAAAGAGGUCCCUUCAGGUCUCCCAGCAAGCCUAGAACAGCUCCGUCUCAGUAGGAAUCGUAUUUCGAAGAUCCCUGCCGGUGCCUUCAACAAAAUGGGGAACCUGACUCUACUUGACCUGUACAACAACCAGCUGAGUGACAGUGACCUGGGAAAGAACACAUUUAAGGACCUGACGAGCCUCAUGCAGCUCAAUCUGGCUCGCAACAUCCUGAAAAAGAUGCCUGCUGGCAUACCUAGUGGCCUCAUACAGCUUUUCCUGGACAGGAACAAUAUAGAUGACAUCCCAAAAGACUACUUCAGAGACUUCACUCACCUGGCGUUUGUGAGGCUGAACCGCAACCAGCUGAGUGAUAAAGGACUGCCCAAGGCUGUGUUCAACAUAUCCACCCUGCUGGACCUGCAACUGUCCCACAACCAGCUCGCUUCCGUUCCUCUCUUCAACAGUCACCUGGAGCACCUGCACCUCAACCACAACAGCAUCGAGAGCAUCAAUGGCACCCUGCUCUGCCCAUUCAAUUUGCAGGCCGACUUGAGCGAUGACAGCCUGGUUCCUAGACUAAGGUACCUGCGUUUGGAUGGAAAUCACCUGAUCCCCCCCAUCCCUCUGGAUGUCAUCAUGUGCUUCAGACACCUUCGCUCUAUUGUCUUUUAGGAGAACUGUGCCUAAAGGCCUGAGGGCACACACACACACACAAACUACACACAUACACACACAUACACAAACUGACUUUAAGGCAGAACACGCUCAGUGGAGCACACGGUAUAUCCUCAGUGGAACUCAAAGCAAAUAAAUGAAACAACCGUGAAGCUUUGAUAGUUCAAGCUUUUUAGGUUUAAGUUUCAUUGUUGCCAGAUUCAAGAGAGUCAGAACAUUGAAUCUACAGAGUGAGUAUACCAACAUUUAGGGUUAGGUUUUUGUAGGAGUUACAGUUUAUCAGUCAUUCUUUGUUUAUUAAAUUACAAUGCAAAAAAAUGAGUAAAGCCUGAAAAUGCAGGUACAUUGACAGACAUGCUACAGAUAUAGAGGGUAGUUAUGUUAGCUGGCAGAUGAGUAGAACUGCCACCAAGGACAAUAAACAACAACCUGCAAUGGAUGUCAGAAGAACCAAUUUAAAACAUAACUACCAUGUAGUUGAAACUGUCCCAAAUGAGCCUGUGAUUUUCAAGGUACUCCAUGUACAAAUGUCAUUUUAUUCUUUUUAUUCUUAGUCUUCUGUAUAUUAUUCUUCUGUAUAAAGAAGCUUUGUACAAAUAAUGGAAAAUAAAACUUUUUCUUUUAUCAUUUGA